AUGAGCUGGCUACGGCCCAGUGCCUAUGCUCCCUCCGGCUGGCAACGUGGGGAUGCGGCACGGCUACGCAACGACGACGGCCGUGUUUUCGAGUGUCUCAUUGACGACGUAGACGAAGGUUUGUACUUUUGUCAUCCUCGUCAUUUUGGCCGUCGAGACCGUGGGCAACACUGCCCUGUUCCCAGUCUCUCGGACCCUGGGUUAAUUUACCGGGAAGCUGACCGCGCAUCAUCCUCACGCAACACAAACACCUACAUCAGAUCGAGGAGAGGCCACCGUGUACAUUCACGCUCUCCGAACGACAGAAUCCGUGCCCUUGGCGGAUCUCCUUUCUCCUGGUGCGCCUGGCAUGCCAUGAACCCAUCUCGACAGCCUUGCAAUGCGUUUUUCUCGUGGAACAGGUGGCUCAUGGACCACGACAUCAUAGCUGAUGAAGCUCCUCCACCCAUGCGCCGCAAGGGCGGGCCGGCUCAUCGACCACCUGCUCUGGGCCUCGAACCCACAGAGCGGUGGUUUGACAUGGAUCCAGCGCCCAGCGACCUUCGCCCCGUGGAUGUCCCACAUGUAGAACCUUACUUUCGACGUCAACGGCCUGCCUCAAGCAUCUUUAGCGACAGCAUUCACCUACGACCGGCGCGUGCUGCACGGCAUCGCCCCACCCGCCGACAGGAUGAUGAUGACUUUGACCCCAUCCCCCCCUUGCCAAGCCAACCGCCUCCCCCCCUGCCAAACUCAAGGCACCACCUUGAAGAAGAUUCAUCCGAGAGUGAUGCAGGCUCGAUCAGUCGUCCUCCUACACUGCCGCGUGACAUGACGCGUCCAGCUGAACGCACACGCUCCUCGCGCCGCCACAGAUCAGUGGCCUUUCAGGACCAAGCCAUGAGUGAGGAGUCCGAUUCAGAGCUGAGUGAUCCACCCACACCCUUGAUGGGUAGUCACCUUGCCAGUGAAUCAGAUGAUGAUGACACAUAUGGGCAUGCGCGCGGUGUGUCUUCUCUUCAGGACUCGCGCGACAAUUUCCCCCCUCCCCCGCGUGAACCUGCUCCUCCCGUACCCUUGCGCUGGGAUGACGAGCCCCUGUCGCAACCGCCUCCGGGCGCUCAGGUACAGCGUGGUGGCCAGUGGGCGCAAUCACGAGCCACUGCGACCAAAAGUGAUGCUGCCGAGUCAUCACGAUUACUGCAACAGUUCCGCGGCUACGGUGGUCUUGAAGCAGCUGAGGCACUUUCGGACGCGGCGAGCUCAUCGGAAGAUGGUGAUGGUGCUCAGAGUCCGCCCAUGCCAAUUGCCGCGGCCACCAUGCGUGAAGUUGAACUCGAGGUCUUUGACGAAGGCGAGCUCACGGAUGACGAAGAUGAUGAGAGCAUCAUUCUUUUUGACGACGAUGAAGAUGAAGCCGACGAGGAUGAUGCAGACAGCAUGCGCCAUCACGCACGCAACACCGGGCAAGCUUUAGCCUCACACCAGGAAGAGUUUGAGUAUGACGAUGAGGAAGAUGAAGACGAAGAGGGGGAAGGUACAGACUCGGACGAUCGAGACGGUGCUGACGACAUGGACGUUUUCGAGAGUCGCACCUCGCGCGACGAACCUGCCGACAUCGUCCCAGCCCACUCCCCUCGCAAGAGCACGACAUCAGUUUUUGCCGAUAGCCCAGGCACAGAAGUGCUUCUUUUGGCAGAGCGUGUGUCGCUCGGUGCCGAGGAUGACAGCGACGCGGAACGCAAUGACGUGGCUGAAACACCGUUGGAUGGCGCGGAACAGCAGGAGGAUCACGUCGCCGUUGCGAUGACCCGGCGCCGCCGUCUUUCUACCGACCAUACACAGGGGCGAACCUCUCGCACCGUCCGUCGCAAGAGCCAGGGCUUUGCUCUUGGGACAAUGGACACAAAGCGGCGACAAUCCCAGGCCACCGCCAAGCCUACAUUUCUCAGCAAAACAUCCUUGGACCGCAUUGCCGCCGCUGCAGGCAGUGCCAUCAUUGGUUACUUUUAUUACCACGUCUACGUCUUUUGGUUGACCUUGGUGUCAUCGGGGUUGCUCAUGAUCUUGGUCAUGGGUUGGCUGGGCAUUCGGGACAAGGACAAUCUCACGUCAACUACCGAUGUCCACAUCAGUGUCGGAAACCAGAUUCUGACGGGUCGCGGUGCCUUCCAAGAUUCAGAACUCUUCUAUGGCUAUUACUCGUUGACUUCAGAAAACUUCAACUUGGCCUUGGCAUAUUUCCUUCUCCUGCCCACUGUCAUGGUCGUCGUUCUGCUUCAGCUGCUGUACGCGCUUGAGCGUUCCUUCCAAAAAGACAGCCCCUCAAACGAGAGCUCCUCGCUGAACCCCUUUGGGGCGUUGGUUUUUACAUCCUGGAGCCACUCCAUCAGUCGACUUGACGUUGUGCGCCGUGCACAUUCUGCCUUCAAGUGCGUUGGGCGAGGCAACCGGCCUGAAUUAAACCGCCUUCAUCGCUUGUCUUCUGCGCAAGUGCACGGCCAGCCUGAUCCAUUGCUGUGGGCCCCUUGGUUCCCUGCAGAGUCCGCUCCCGCGAAUUGCUCAACCAACACAUCAACCUUGCCGUCGCCCCCAUGCUGGCGGGCUGCAUCCCUGCACCAACAACGCGCCUGGCGCUGGGAACUGAGCGUCUCAUUGUUGGGCUGCGCGGGUAUUGUGGGCACAUACAUUGUCAACUUUUUGCGCCUGCACCCCGUCUCCACAACCACGUGCUGGGAGACCCGGACAGGGCAAGAAUUCUAUCGGCUCUUUGUCCUCGACGUGUUUGUGCGAGCCUGGUCAGCCCUCACCGUUAGCUUUGGCGCCAACCCACCCUCCUUCAAUGUGACGGGCUACGUCUUGGGCAUCUUUUACCGUCAGGCUUGCGCACUCACGCCACUCUGUUAUGCUUGCCCUCUACGCUUGCCCUCCGCUGUUGGCGGGAUUGGACUUGGCUGGCUUAGCUAUUUAUUUGUCGUGGCGUUGCUUUCCAUGGCCUGCGGCUGCUUCCUCAUUUUUGUUCGAGAGAUUGGGUCUUGUGGGCCAUUUUACGCAGUCACGCAGCAAGAGACUUUCAACACGACGGGGGUCGAGAUCAAACGCAUGUAUGACAUUGUUGACUAUGCUGUUGCGCGUGGUGAUAGGGGAUUUCGCAGUUUGUGGGAAUUUUUGUUCAGCCGCGGCGUGGUAGUCCCCAUUUUGCUCGUCUGUGGGGCAUGGAUGUUGUACGUGCGCUCGCGAUUUCAUGCUGAGACUCUGCGCGUUGCGGAGCUGUCCGACUGGCUGGCACAUGAGCGUGCUUCGACCCGCGAAUAUGUGCGGCGCUAUGCGCAGAUCAAGAGGCAACGCAUGCAGCGCCUCGAGGAGCAGCGCAAAUCCACUGCACAUGAAAAAUGA